CAGUAUAUUGGAGGGUUUCUGUAUCAGAAAUAAUUUUGUGUCAAUUAAGAAUGCUGUGUGACCUGCUUGUUGACGUAAAGAGGUAUAAGUUUUGGCCUUACUUACAAAAAAUUAUUCCUCCAAUAGUAACCAAAAAUGACAGUCUUGUGGAUUCUACUGAUAUUGGGGAUGACAUAUGGAGAAGAACAGGUGGAAUUCGAUACAUCUGAUAACAGCAUUUUGGCUGCCUCAAUUGAAUGUCCGCCAACGUACACUGUCAAAGCCACAAUUGGGUGCAGGUUUCACUUGAAGAACAAUGGCAAACAGGACUAUUCUGUUCUCAAAUGGAGUACACCACUGGAAGGAGCGACCUCUGAUUGCCUGACUGUCACUCGCAACGGGAAGAAGUUAGAAUACGAUGGUAUUUACAGGAAGCGCAGUGUUCCAGGUCCCGAUCAAUUCUUGACCGUUAGAGCUGGACAAACUCUCUCAUCGACGUUUCAAGUGUCCGAUGCCUUCGAUUUGACCAAGGCUGGAGUAUAUUCUAUUGCUGUAGACACUUAUUUAGAAUAUGUAGUAGGUAGCGCAGCCAGCAAACCAGAUGUCAAGAGAAAAAUUCGUCACCUUUCGUCACCUGCCGUAAGUUUCCAAAUAGUUGGAAGAAGUUCCUCUAAGGGAACCCUGGGUCAAAAAGCACGCUUUCUUGAAAGUAGAAAGCAAACUAAACAAAAUGGGAUUUUUCAUGGGACAUUUGGUGGCGGGGUCUCACGGAAAAGUAUUUUACCGGUACCGCCUGUUGUAACGGGAGGCUCCAAAUACCUACAAGUCGGUACAAAAACAGCUCAUAAUACUGCCUACAAUACCAUAAUAUCUUUUCUUGCGGCCCCACAGACCAAGAAACAGCGCGUUACGCUUUGGUUUGGGGCAAAUCAGUUAAAUAAUGUCGUCAAAAAGUUGCAAAAAAUGGCAGGCGUAUUAGAAAAGGAGACGAUUACCUAUACUUUUGAUGGGCCUCAUUGUGAUGCCACAACAUAUGCGUACACUUUCAAAAACACUCGUGAAAUUUUCCUAUGCCAACUUUACAAGGAGGCCGCACCCGUAGGUGCCGACAGCAAGAUGGGAAUUUUAACGCAUGAAUUGAGCCAUGCUAUAGUCAGCACCGAUGAUAUUGUAUAUGGCCAAAGAGCUUGUAAAGAGCUGGCCAAGGCUGCCCCAGGUCGGGCUAUCAACAAUGCUGACAACUUCGAAUAUUUUGUAGAAACCUUGUAGAGUUGGCUAUAGCAUCAGCAGAACAGGUAGAUUCGCACAACAGCCAGAUUAGAACAAGUAGCGCGACAGACACACAAGGGUCAUCGGCGUAAAAUACCGCGAAGCAAGAGUAUUUUUUGACAACGAACGUAAAGAGCGAGUACUUUUCCAUUCGGGCUGCUCACUCUGUCCGCUAAUAUGCUUGUUCUGCAGGUUUCUUUGACCACGGAUUUCAUGUAAUGAGUAAAACAUUGGAUAAAACAAUAUUUUUUAAAAGAGCCGUAGAUAUUUAGAAUUAAGGGAUGCGUUGCAUGGUAAUGCGUAUGUGCAAUUUCACAACGUCAUAAUUCGGGCUCAGGAAAACAGGGUACGUUUACUACAUAUCACUAAGCAGCUGAUGUUUAAAAUAUCUAAAAUUAAACUCAAUAAACUAUGUUGAUGAUUUUGUAUCCUACAAAGAUACAUGCUCGCAAUCCUGCUACAGGCCCUUGCCAAGAAAGAAAUCUAAUAAACGUAAAUCGAAUUAUUGUCACUAUUGUGGGGAAAUUCAUUAAUAUGCAGUUUAUCGUAUGAUUAUUAAAAAGUACCUGUAAAGAUAUAUAGAAUCUAAAAAUAAAGGGAUGUUACUUCGAUCGUU